ACCAAAAUGGAAACCAAUCGAUAAUUUUCAUCAGCACAAAAUCUUUCCUCUCAAUUUCAUUUAUCCUAAAAGGAAAAAAAAGAAUCAAUUUGAAUUUUCAUCAGACGAAGCAAUAGCUGAAUAAGUCGUAAAAUGUUUUAGCAUUAAGGUCAUUCAGUGUUCAAUUAUAUCUCAUAAGCCAAUGUGAUAAGAGAUUUAAAUGUGAAAAUCUCAGAAAUUGUAGAAAAAAAAUCACGAAAGUCUUCCAAAUAAGAAAAAAGUUUGAAAAAGUGACGAAAUAAAGUCUUCCAUAGUGUUAAGUGAAAAAGAAAAAAAAAAAAAUUGAUAAUUAUCAUCGAGAUUUAAAACGAAAUGGCAUUUUUAAAUAAUCUCAAAAGCGCACCAUUACCGCCGAUAAGAAAUGUUCUUAAAGAUGCAUGGCAAACAGCAAAACAGUCGUUACCUGAUCGACAAAAGCAGCAACAAUACGAAGAUCCAACUUCAGAAUAUGGAGGUUCAUCGCAAAUCUCACAUGGGUCGUCACAUCGCCCUCAUAAUGUUACUUUUGCUGAUUCUGUUGACGAAGGCCAACAAAGACCAACAGAACUAAAUCCAUUGAAUCCUUUUAGAAACCCAAAUGGCUUAGGAUACGAUGAACAAACUACAAAAAGUGAUUAUCAAUACGAAGAAACUGGCUUCAAUCAAGGUGAAUACAAUUAUCAGCAAGGUGGAUUCCCAGCAAGACAAGCAAGUACUGGAUCAUUCGGCAGUGACAGCACAUUUGCUGGUGGUGAAGGUGAAGCUGGUCCGCCAGGAGUAAAAAUUACCGAAAUUCAAGCUGCUUGGAAUGUUACAAACGCUAUUCAAGGAAUGUUCAUUGUUUCAUUACCUUUUGCUGUAUUGCGUGGUGGUUAUUGGGCCAUUGUUGCAAUGGUGGGCAUCGCACACAUCUGUUGUUAUACAGGAAAAAUUCUUGUUCAAUGUUUGUACGAACCCGAUCCAGCAACAGGUGAACCAAUGCGUGUUCGUGACAGUUAUGUUUCCAUUGCGAAAGUCUGCUUUGGCAAAAGAAUUGGCGCUCGUGUUGUCAGCAUCGCUCAGAUUAUCGAACUUCUCAUGACAUGCAUUUUAUAUGUUGUCGUGUGUGGUGAUUUAAUGGCUGGAACUUUUCCUGAAGGUGCCAUGGAUUCAAGAUCAUGGAUGAUGUUUUGUGGAAUUUUCCUUCUUCCACUUGCAUUCCUGAAGUCAAUACAUGCUGUUUCUGUAUUAAGUUUCUGGUGUACAAUGUCUCAUCUCUUCAUCAAUGUAAUCAUUGUCGGUUAUUGUCUGCUGGAGAUUGGUGAUUGGGGUUGGUCGAAAGUUCGAUGGUCAAUCGACAUUGAAAAUUUUCCCAUCUCACUCGGUGUCAUUGUCUUCUCUUAUACGUCACAAAUAUUCUUGCCGACACUUGAAGGGAACAUGGCAGACCCAUCAAAGUUCAAUUGGAUGUUGGAUUGGUCGCAUAUUGCAGCAGCAGCUUUCAAAGCAAUUUUCGGUUACAUUUGCUUUUUAACUUUUCAAAACGAUACGCAGCAAGUGAUCACAAACAAUCUUCAUUCGGCUGGCUUCAAAGGUCUCGUCAACUUUUGUCUUGUCAUCAAAGCCGUUCUCAGUUAUCCGCUGCCUUACUUCGCUGCAUGUGAAUUGCUUGAACGAGCAUUUUUCCGUGGAAAACCAAAGACAAUUUUUCCUAAGAUUUGGGAAUUGGAUGGUGAGUUGAAAGUUUGGGGUCUUGGAUGGCGCGUGGGUGUAAUUAUGUUCACGGUUCUGAUGGCUUGCUUCAUUCCACAUUUCUCAAUCCUAAUGGGCUUCAUUGGAAGUUUUACGGGCACCAUGUUAAGCUUCAUUUGGCCUUGUUAUUUUCAUUUGAAACUUAAACGACACUUGAUGGAACAGAAAGAUGUCGCUUAUGAUUAUUUCAUCAUCGGUCUUGGGUUUCUAUUUGGUUUCGUUGGAAUGUACGAUUCCGGCAAUGCUCUCAUAAAAGCAUUUGAAAUUGGUUUGCCGUUUUAAAUUACGACAAUGAAAUCUUUUUCAAUACAAAAGUAAAAGCUAGUUGCAUUUUAAAUUGACUUAAUCCACAACAUAAAUAGUUUAAUCAAAUUAUACUAAACCGAGAUAAUAAAAUCAAAUGAGAGAACAACAUCUAACGGUAUUUCGCAUAAAAACAUUUUCGAAGGAACAAGAAUUAAAGAUUCUUUUUCCGAAAAGAAAUAAAAAUUUAAACGACAUAUUUAAAAAGGCAGAAGAAACAUGAGAUUUUGUCGUUUUUUGCUUGUUUACCCAUUUUGCCGAUAAACAUUUGCCUUGCACAAAGCAAGAAAGAUCAACUUUUUUUGGCUCCCGAAUAAAAGUAAAACAAAUUAACAGAAAGCAAAAUUAACAAAACAAUAAUUUACAAACCAAAUUAGAUGGAAUGAAAGCUGCAGUCGAAUAAGAAACAAGAUAAAUUUUCUCGAAACAAGCACCGCAAAAUGAUACAAAGUUAUUUUGCGAUUGGAAUCAUCGGAACCGUGAACCGCGAAGGGACAACAAGAAUUAUAAAAAAACGGCAAAAAGGAAAUUUUCGGUAAAGAUUUAAAAGAAAUACCGCAAGUGGUCAAAUUUUUGUCCCAUUUUUCGUUAGACAUUUUUAUUAAAAUUUUUCAUUCUCGUCUUGAGAAGCGUCUAGUUUUAUUAUGCUUCUUGUUUCAUUAGUAACCGAACUGGAACAUUAAUGAUCUUUAGAUUGAUAUCAACAUAAAUGAAAUUUAAUUUUUUACCAGAAAUUUCCUUUAAUUUAAACGUUCAUGAAAAUUGUUAACUUUUACA